AUGGAUAUCGUUUUGGAAGUUUUCGAUACAUUCGUGUUCGACUACUUGUAUGCCUGUGCGCUACCUCUUUCUGCGCCGUCUAGUGAUAUAAUCUCCAAUGUUUUCAAGGGCGUCAACUCGACCACUGCCUCCACCAUCGCCCAAGUCAACGGGAUCGGCAAUGGGUUUGUCUACACUCCUGCCACCAAGUAUUUUUCUUUGGAGCCAUUCAAGUAUGCCUACCAGUCGUCUCUGCCUCGAGAUAAUGGCUUCCGCCAAGUCAUCAGUCUUUUCUUGAUUACUUGGGUCUUUGGUUUAGUACUCUACUUCACAGUUGCCUCGCUUUCCUAUGUUUUCGUUUUCGAUAAAACCGCCUUCAACCAUCCAAAGUACCUCAAGAACCAAAUAUCUCUUGAAAUCGGUCAGGCCAUGGGUUCAAUGCCUGUCAUGGCCCUCCUUACAGCCCCCAUCUUUCUCACCGAAGUCAAGGGCUACUCCAAGAUAUACGACACCAUUGACGAGGCUCCUUUCCCCAUGUACAAUAUCUUGCAGUUCCCGCUCUUCCUCCUUUUUACCGACUUCUGCAUUUACUGGAUUCACCGUGGCCUGCAUCACCCUCUCGUCUACAAGAAUAUCCACAAACCACAUCAUAAAUGGAUCAUGCCCACUCCCUAUGCAAGCCACGCCUUUCACCCCUUAGAUGGAUGGAGUCAGGGCCUCCCUUACCAUAUCUUCCCAUUCAUCUUUCCGCUCCAGAAGUUUGCCUAUGUCCUGCUCUUCGUCGCUAUCAAUAUUUGGACCGUUAUGAUCCACGAUGGCGAAUAUGUUGCCAACAGUCCCAUUAUCAAUGGCGCAGCAUGCCACACCAUGCACCAUCUUUACUUCAAUUACAAUUACGGUCAGUUCACUACUCUCUGGGAUAGACUAGGUAAAAGCUACCGUAAGCCCAAUGACGAACUAUUCCGUCGCGAGACCAAGAUGGGACCAGCCGAAUGGAAUCGACAGGCUAAGGAGAUGGAAAAGAUGGUCAAAGAAGUCGAAGGCUGCGAUGAUCGCACGUACGAAGGCACUGAGGCCAAGAAGAACAUUUAA